CGGUCUCCCUGGAGCCGCCGCCGUCGCGGCCGCAAGUCCCGGAUGUAGCGGCGGGAGCGGGGCCGGCGGUGGGAGCGGGCGGGGGGCGCCGCUGGGGCCGGGGAAUGGGCGUGUAGGGAGCAGGGAAGGAAGGAAGGAAGGGAGCGAGCGAGCGAGGGAGGGAGGAGAAGAGCCGGACGGAGAUUCCCGCCCGGCGCCCGAGGUAGCCGCCCCCAUCGGGGUCCCCCUCCGCCGCCUGCGGGCUGCGCGCCCCCUCUAUCCGCCCCAGGGCGCCACCGCCGGGAUGAGCAGCUCGCGGAACAACCGGGUGAUGGUGGAAGGAGUCGGGGCCCGGGUGGUCCGCGGCCCGGACUGGAAGUGGGGGAAGCAGGAUGGCGGCGAGGGCCAUGUGGGCACCGUGCGCAGCUUCGAGAGCCCCGAGGAGGUGGUCGUGGUGUGGGACAACGGCACCGCCGCCAACUACCGCUGCUCCGGGGCCUACGACCUCCGCAUCCUCGACAGCGCGCCCACCGGUAUCAAGCAUGAUGGGACUAUGUGUGAUACUUGUCGACAGCAGCCUAUCAUUGGCAUUCGAUGGAAGUGUGCUGAAUGCACAAAUUAUGACUUGUGCACAGUUUGCUAUCACGGGGACAAGCAUCACUUGAGGCAUCGUUUUUACAGAAUUACCACUCCGGGAAGUGAAAGGGUAUUGUUGGAGUCUCGACGUAAAUCAAAGAAAAUUACAGCAAGAGGAAUCUUUGCAGGUGCCAGGGUGGUGCGAGGAGUUGACUGGCAAUGGGAAGAUCAAGAUGGUGGCAAUGGGCGUAGAGGAAAGGUAACUGAAAUCCAAGAUUGGAGUGCGUCGAGUCCACAUAGCGCAGCAUAUGUUCUUUGGGACAAUGGUGCUAAAAACCUUUACAGAGUUGGCUUUGAAGGCAUGUCUGACCUGAAAUGUGUUCAAGAUGCAAAAGGAGGCUCUUUCUACAGAGACCAUUGUCCUGUGUUAGGUGAGCAAAAUGGUAACAGAAACCCUGGUGGGCUGCAAAUAGGUGACCUUGUAAACAUUGACCUCGACUUGGAAAUUGUGCAGUCUUUGCAGCAUGGUCAUGGAGGAUGGACUGAUGGCAUGUUUGAAACCUUAACAACAACUGGAACAGUCUGUGGCAUCGAUGAGGACCAUGACAUUGUAGUACAAUAUCCAAGUGGCAACAGGUGGACAUUUAAUCCAGCUGUUCUCACCAAGGCCAAUGUUGUCCGAAGUGGAGAUGCUGCUCAAGGUGCAGAAGGAGGUACCUCUCAAUUCCAAGUGGGUGAUCUUGUUCAAGUAUGUUACGACCUGGAGCGAAUCAAGCUUCUUCAGAGAGGUCACGGAGAGUGGGCUGAAGCAAUGCUUCCAACUUUAGGUAAAGUUGGUCGGGUUCAGCAGAUCUAUUCAGACAGUGACUUAAAGGUAGAGGUUUGUGGGACAUCUUGGACCUAUAAUCCAGCAGCUGUCUCAAAGGUGGCAUCGGCAGGAUCUGCUAUAAGUAAUGCAUCUGGUGAGAGAUUGUCCCAGCUAUUGAAAAAACUAUUUGAAACACAAGAAUCUGGAGAUCUCAAUGAAGAAUUGGUUAAAGCUGCUGCCAAUGGAGACGUUGCUAAAGUGGAAGACUUGCUAAAGAGGCCAGAUGUAGAUGUGAAUGGGCAAUGUGCUGGACACACAGCUAUGCAAGCUGCAAGCCAGAAUGGCCAUGUCGACAUUUUGAAGUUGCUUCUGAAACAGAAUGUGGAUGUAGAAGCAGAGGACAAGGAUGGAGACAGGGCUGUCCAUCACGCAGCCUUCGGUGAUGAGGGUGCUGUGAUUGAGGUUUUGCACCGAGGCAGUGCAGAUUUGAACGCUCGCAACAAGCGCAGGCAGACUCCACUCCACAUUGCUGUCAACAAAGGUCAUCUGCAAGUUGUCAAAACUUUACUGGACUUCGGCUGCCACCCCAGUCUCCAGGAUUCUGAAGGAGACACUCCACUUCACGAUGCAAUAAGUAAAAAGCGUGAUGAUAUACUUGCUGUACUUUUAGAAGCUGGAGCAGAUGUUACUAUCACCAACAACAAUGGGUUUAAUGCUCUUCACCAUGCUGCACUAAGAGGAAACCCGAGUGCAAUGCGUGUGUUGUUGUCCAAGUUACCACGACCGUGGAUUGUUGAUGAGAAAAAAGAUGAUGGUUACACUGCCUUACAUCUGGCAGCUCUCAAUAAUCAUGUGGAAGUGGCUGAACUUCUGGUGCAUCAGGGCAAUGCUAACCUGGAUAUCCAGAAUGUUAACCAGCAAACUGCUCUUCAUCUUGCUGUUGAACGACAGCAUACACAAAUUGUUAGGCUCUUAGUCCGUGCAGGUGCUAAAUUGGAUAUUCAGGAUAAAGAUGGGGAUACUCCCCUGCAUGAAGCCCUGAGACACCACACCCUGUCACAGCUCCGCCAGCUCCAAGACAUGCAAGAUGUGGGCAAGGUAGAUACUGCUUGGGAGCCAUCAAAGAACACAUUAAUAAUGGGACUUGGCACUCAAGGAGCAGAGAAGAAGAGUGCUGCAUCUAUUGCCUGCUUCCUGGCAGCCAAUGGGGCUGACCUCGGCAUUCGUAACAAAAAGGGUCAGUCCCCUCUCGAUCUCUGCCCUGAUCCAAGUCUCUGCAAAGCAUUGGCUAAAUGUCACAAAGAAAAAGUCAGUGGCCAGGUUGGUUCCCGAAGUCCAUCUAUGAUCAACAAUGAUUCUGAAACCUUAGAAGAAUGUAUGGUGUGUUCAGACAUGAAGAGGGAUACUCUGUUUGGCCCAUGUGGCCACAUUGCCACGUGUUCUUUGUGCUCACCACGAGUGAAAAAAUGCCUCAUCUGUAAAGAACAAGUUCAGUCUAGGACAAAGAUUGAAGAAUGCGUAGUAUGUUCAGACAAAAAGGCAGCGGUGCUCUUCCAGCCUUGUGGUCAUAUGUGUGCCUGUGAGAAUUGUGCAAGCUUGAUGAAGAAGUGUGUACAGUGUCGGGCAGUGGUUGAGCGAAGAGUGCCUUUCAUAAUGUGCUGCGGAGGGAAAGGUACAGAAGAUACCAGUGAUGAUAUUUCAAGUGGAAACAUUCCAGUUUUGCAGAAGGACAAAGACAACACUAAUGUCAAUGCGGAUGUACAGAAGCUGCAGCAACAGUUGCAAGACAUCAAGGAACAGACUAUGUGUCCUGUCUGUUUGGACCGCCUGAAGAACAUGAUCUUUCUGUGUGGCCAUGGAACAUGUCAGCUUUGUGGAGACCGAAUGAGCGAGUGCCCCAUAUGCCGCAAGGCAAUAGAACGGAGGAUCCUUUUGUAUUAAACAGGGGCCAGUGUCUUUACUAGGUUGUGAAAGAGUAAGGACAUGUUGAUGGUUUACACCUCUGUAAGUUUGAAAGGCAGUGAAGGGUUCUGGCGAAAACAUUUCUAAUACUGUAGCACAGGUUUGUUACAUAGAAAUUGUUUAAAGACUGUGAACACACCAAAUAAAAGAAACAGUAUUUGAACAGUCAGCUUGUAGCUUUACUCUUAAAAAACAUCUAAGCCUAAUGCUAAUUUAAAGCAGUCUUUUUUUCAUUUUGUUUCUGUCUUCUUCUUCCCCUUAAAGUUUAAAGGGACAAUCUUAUUUUGGUUUUGUUCAUGUGUAUCAUGUACGUAUCAGAUGUCAAGUGAUGUAAAGGAAUUUUUUUUUAUAUUGUCAGUUACUACCAAACAUAAAUAUUUAGGAUUUUUUUUUUUUGCUUUAUGCUUUUCUGGAGAGUGUCGACAUUUCCUGUGACAGUUCUGAUUCACAGUAAUUUCUGUCUUGAAAUACACAGUCAUUAAAAGUCAAUACAAAAUAUAUAGACAGUAGUCAUAAACAUACUGUGGCCAUAAGGUCACGCCUCAGAAUACAAAGUUAAUGUAGUUCUGACUUUAUCAUGCCCUUUGUUCCUGAGGAUGGGUUGUGUAGGAAACAGUAAAGAGAAAAAUCUGUUUUAGAAGCAUUAUGUUUCCAACCUGCACUUUAGUCUAACAGUUUCAAGCUAAGUACUUAAGUAGUGAGCUUCAUUAUUCUGCUAAUUACUUGACUUUGCAUGGAAUUUCUUUUAACUUGAGUGGAAAGGAGAACAUUUGAGCAGUGGGUCAGCUAUCCCUUUUAGAUGAGUGAAUUUGAUCUGUUGGGUAGACAACACAUACAUGCGGAGCCAUUUAAAAAUUGUGGGUCUGUGAAUUCGGAAAAAACAGAUUUUGCAAAAUUUCCUUCCUUUUAAGGUGAGUUUUAUUGUCUCCACACAAAGUGUCAACAGCAAAAGAGAAUAUUUAAUAUUGAUUAUUCAUCUAAGUGAGGAACUUAUCUGUGAGCAUUACUCAAUAAUACUGGAAGUGAAGAUAUUGCUGUCAGAACAGUGAAUUUUUGGAGCUGUGCCUAGUUGAGCUGAAUUUGGCUGAAAGAGUUUGUUGUCACUGAUGUGGUAGAGAGCUAUUCCUCCUGACCCCCAAAAUGGUACUGUUAGGGACGGCAAACUGUCAACAUUUUGAAAACAAAUGAAUCCUUUCAUCAUUUUUGGUGGUAGAAAAUACUCUGACUUAAGCAUCUCUUGUAGCUUAAAAGGAAUCUGUGCUUAAUCACCUAAGCGAUUCAACAGUUUUCUGAGCGCAUAGUUCAUGUAGCCCUUUGCCAUUGUGCAGACUUCCUUUGGACAUGCUCUUGCAGAACGUUAAAGAAAUCCAUGCUGGAGUCACUUAGGUGCCUUACUUGCAGCUAAGAUGAAUUAAUCAUUGAAUUCUCAUUGUAUAUGUCUAAAAUAUGGGCAAAAGGAUAGUUCAGGGAAAGAUCCAAGUAAGGAUAAAGAUAUAAUUGUGGUCUUUUCAGAUAAAUCAAUCUGUCUUCUGAAACUUACAUUGAUAUGCCUGAAGUGUGCAAAUGUUGGCAAAUAUCUCAGAAGACUGUUACUAAUAACCUGUAAAAACAGACAAACCUUUAAGCAAUAAGAUUUAAACACUGAAUAAAGUUUUCCAGGAAACAAGUACAGUGAUACAUUGGAAAAGUGUAUGUAGAAUGGCUUUUAACACCAUGAAGUAAUGUAAUAUACAGCCUUACAAAAGCUGUCUUUAAUCCUCAUCCAGCAUUCCAAAUGUUCCUCAUGAUUUUCAGUGUUUUUUCAUUAGACACAAUCACAGUCUGGAGUCACUGUAGUAGUCUGGUUUAUUUUGUAUACUACUGGUCAUCUGUUCUCAGAUAAUCUGCAUCUGUAUUCUUGACCAAAUGAAGCAGCCUUCCCUUUUUUUGAUUCUUAGUUCCUAUUCUAAAAUACCAGAAUUUUUCAAGGAGUUUUGGAAUAUUUUUGAUGUAAGACCUGUUUUCAGUUCAGCAUUUUGGUAUCUCCACUUAAACUCUGCGUGCAUCUGAGUGUUCAUGGCAAUUUUCAUUUGGCCAAUAUGCAUGUCACUAAGGUUUUUGGAUUUUUUGGGGGUUUUUGUUUUGUUUUGGUUUUUUUGGUAGCAUGUUUGACAGCUGAACUUCUAUAGUGGACUUGAGUUUCUUGUCAGGCUUCCCCUGGAAAUAUUUCUACAAUAGGAUGUGCCAUUUGAUAAUGUGUUCUGAGUUUUAACCUGUCAUGCAUCACAUUUGUACCUUGAUUUCCUCUGUCUCUGGCAGACAUAUUUUGUCCUCUUAAUUCUUCGAGGGCCCCUCUGCAAACUUGUCUGCACAGAUGCAGGGUGGAUCUCUUCUUGAUAAAACAACUCAGAACUGAACCUCUAUAUAACAAGUUUGCAUUUUCCUAAUCAUUUUUUGCUUGAACGAGUCAGAAUUACUUGAAAGUAUUCCAUCUUAGCAUGGGUUGAGUAAUUCAGCUGAGUUAGAACAGAUCUGAAGCAUCCUGGGUACCCUCAGUACUUGAAUACCAUCAUAGUUCUAUGGAAAUGGAGACAGUGACUGAAGGUAUUGCUGUAGGAGCGGCUUUAGUGUCCUGUGCUGCAAUCACAGCAGACGUAUGUGACUGCAUAGGAGUUUGUGUUUGGACUCAUUCAGCAAUGUUGUGUGCCAGUUGAAACUGAAGUAUAUCAGCUUGAUGCUAUUUCAGUGCCAAGAAAAACAACUGAAUUAGAAGAACUAGGAAAGCUGACCAAGAUACUUGAAUUAUUUAUUUAGGUCUCUUAUUGACAGGAGGAAGAGCUGUAUCUUGUCUGGAGAUGGCGAUACAGUUUGCCUUUCAAAAAAUUUAAUGAGGAAAAAUGCUUGCAAAUCUGAUAUCAUUUAUUUGAUACUCUCUCUUUGCAUUCAGAUGUAGAAGGUGAACUUGGUGUUGUUAAGGAACCCAGUAAGCUCAUUCACUUUAUUCUUUUGUUAUCUGUGCAAUGUGCACAGAGUGCAAAUGUUUAAUUGGAUAGCACUAUUUGAAGGAUGAGGAGUUCACUUGAAAGCCAAAGGGGAUCUUAACAAGUAGUAGAGUUAAGGAAAUAUCACCAUUCAUCUGUCUUCAGCAAAAGAUUAAAAGUCUAAAUUUCACCUGAGUAAAGUAAAAAUUAGAAAAAUCAGUAAGGCAUUUAUCUGUAAUUUAUUGAAAAUUGUAGAAUGUAAGGGUUGUAAGGUUUGUUAUAUCUAUUUCCCUGCAUUUAAUAGCAAUUUUAAAAUUAAAUUAAUUGAAAUAUCUUCAUUUGUUUCUUGAAACAACUAACAAGACACCUAACAACAUGUAUUGUUCAGUGUGAGGAAUGCUGAGAUGUUUAAGUAUACUUUUCCAUUCAUUAAGAGACAUAAACAGUCAUAUCACUCACUACACAGUAAUUUAAAGUGUAAAGGCAGCCUAAGAGGUUAACAGAAUAAACUUAAUAGUUGUAGAUUGUUGACUUUUCUAUAAUUACCUUUGACUUUUCUUUCCCCUCAAAACUUGUAUCAUCACAUUUGUGGCCCAAGCUUAUAUGGCACUUCUCAAAAUCUGGGCUGCUAUUACCUACUUUCCAUUUGUUGGAUUACUGUGUAUUUCUGUGUUGGGGUUUGGACAAAUCCCGUUUUCCUGAAGUGGAUAAUAGAAACUUCACUGGUGAGAUAGCAAACAGGUUACUUUGUAAAUGUCAAAGUUUGAUUAGAAGGUGGUGUUCUUAGCUUGGGCUGGGUGAGAAUAUAGCAGAUUUGCACAAGUACUUGUGCCUUGUUAGUAUAGUCUUACAAUUGGUAGUUUAGCUUCUUUUAAAGACGUGAAAUGGUCUUUUAAAAAUAAUUAAGUACUUAUUGUGUAGAUAUUUUCUAGAGAUGAAGGUUUAUGUAUGUGUAAUUAUCUUUAGCAGUAUUAACUGCAGUUAGUAUAAACACUAAAUUGUUUGAAGAAGCUGCUUUCAGCUAGUGAUCUGAGCUUCCUCUACAAAACUAAUUGUCAAAUUUAAUUUUACUCUUCCAGUAGCAGCUGGUGAACCGAAGAGCCUAUCCUGUUCUUUGUGCUGCAUGGGUCAAGUUUUCACUUAAUAAAACCAAACCCCAACAACACUACAGUCUAACCUUUAGCAGUGCUACCUCCUUUCUGUCAAAUCUUCUCUAGUUGUUUGUUGUCUUUGGGAAGGGACGGGGAACGCAUCAGUUUUCUUUUGCUUCAGUUUUGAUGUCUGAAUACAUUGCGGAGGUUUUUUUACUUUAUAAAAUUACUGUGUAAAUUGCUUACGAUAGCAGUGUGUGAUUUGCCACAAAGUACAUUGUAUACCUGUGCAAAAGUUGCUGGAAUUCAUACUGGUGUCUUUUUCUGCAUUUCAUAAUUUGUUUGUGUUGACAAAGCUAAACUGUUGUCUGCAGAAGCUUUAGUAUGUGCCAUUUUUAUAGCUAAGCCUGUGGUAAAUACGCAAGUUCUGACUCAGGGCUUUUUAACAACUUAAACACAUUCACAAUAUUCUUCAGCACAUCUUGGAGAAUACUAGAGAUUUAAUGACUGUACAGUGCCUUGAUAGAACUAUAGAAUGGGCAGCAGCCAUAGGGUCUUCACAGAAUGCAAGUAUCUUUUCAAUCCAGUUAAUGAGUUGACGUUAAUAUACUUUUGAUGCCCUUGCCAUGGAUUUAUAUACUUGUAUAUACUUUCUGUAAAGGAAAAUUGGCAAAUUUAGAUAUUGUUAAGCUUUCUGAAAGCUUUUAAUUGUUGCACUCGUCAUGAGGAUCUGAAGGGCAUAAUACUCAAAUUCACAGAAGCAGCUUUUGUGUCAAAGACAGCUGAGAAAAUUUUCUGUAUGUGGCGUUUUUAGUGUGAGGGAGAGGUUGUUGUAUAACAUGCAAAAGUACCUGCUUUACUCUGAUCUAGUAAAUCUUUUGUGAGAGAAAUAACCAACAAGUCAGUAUGUUUGCAUGCCGUUUCAUUGUUAGAAAACUUCUUGUCAUUUUGAGCUUCUAGGAAAUACUUAUUUUGUCCCAACAUUAGUGUCUUUAUGAAUGCAAACUAUUUAUGUUAGAAAACAGGUUUUUCUGAAUCACAACGGACAUUUUUGCUUUUGUUAAAACUAAGUUUGUAUUUUCUGUAAACUGUAGAUUUCGACAUGACUGUUUAUUGGAGAAAUUUAAGGUUGCCUGUGUGAAUGUAGUGUAUUUCUGUAUGCAGAUAGCAUUAUAUAAUUACUUACUUUAAAACUGCUUAGCAAGGUCUAAGCUUUUCAAAGGAAAUGCUGAUGUACUGUAUGGUUAGUAAAACUUGUCAUAUAAGAUGUAUACUGACUUUUUCAAGAGAUUUGAUUUAAAAGUACAGUUGGACUGAAUUACUGAUUUUUUGCACACAACAUUGGAAAAGGGGUGGUGGCUCAUUUGUCUUCCUCCUUCUUAGUUGUAGUGAUGUUAGAUGUCACCGUGGAAUUAGAAAAUUGUAUACCUGAAAAAAUAUUUACAAACUUGGUUACUUGUUGGCAUACAAUUUUUAAAAGUGCACCAGACUUUAUUGAGAAAUUUUGCAGUCCAAAGUUCUAAAACUGGUUCUUUUAUAAUAUGUUCCUGAAGAAGGAGUUUGUGGAAGCAUCAGAAGUAUUUCGUGCCUUUGAAUCUCCAAGGUACUCAAACAUUGUUAAAGCAGCACAGUAGAAGUUUGAAGGGUGGAUUAUGUUGUAACAGAAAGGUUGAUUUAAAAUUAUUUCUGGAUUAUGUGCAAAUUUUUCUGUAAAUAUGCAGUUCAUAGUACUGUUCUACUGACCAGAGUUGCUGUUAAGUAUAUGUUAGACUCUGUGUUUACUUGUAAUUGAAUGGCCUUUACAGAUCUGGCUACGUGAAUGUGAUUGUUAUGACAUCUCCUGCCAGAUACAGUAACUUCCAUAUUCUGAGACAACAGAUGCUGCAUCAUAGUUUGUACUUUUAGGAUUCAAUUUAAUGGAUGCAUUUGUUAAAAAAAAGUCUAUGUAAUCAAAGGCAACAAAACAAACCAGACUUACAUGGCUUAGUGUUUUUAUUUGUCCUAGUGUACAGGUGAAAAAAGGAACUGACAGAAUAAAAAGUUUGUUGCUCUCUUUC